CCCGCCGUAGUAAGACUGCCGUUUGCCUGAUCAAAAUAAAAACGAAAAAAACAAACAAACAAAUAAAAACGUGUUGACUGUGAAGUGUUUCAUUUUGUACUGUUGUGGAAAAUUUAGUAUUGUUUAGCACAAACCCGAGAAUGGAGGCAUCAGCUCAAGUACACACUUAUCACCUGAAACAGAAGAACAUUGACAAGAAAAAGCAGCAGGUCUACAGUGGGGACAUAGUGUUCACCAAGCAUGGAUCAGUUCAGACCAUACCUUCCCUGUCCAAACGGCUGAGAACUGUCACAGACCCAGUUCUUGGCCUACAGUAUGUAUGGGAGUAUCGCAGCCCCAGCAAGUCAGUCCCUCCUCAUUACCAGUGUAGAUUAUGUAAGGUGCAGCAGCUACAGAAUGAAAUGGUGGCUCAUAUUACUGGAUGGAAGCAUUGUUUCAGAUACAUGAAACACGCUCACCCAGAAAAAGUGUCCCACAAAGAAGAGGAAGUAAAACAGGACCCAGACACCAAGAGGGCAGUCAGAGCGAUUGCUGCUGAGGUGGAGAAAGCUGAGGGCAGAGGUCAAAUCAAGGUUAUGAUUAGGGAACCUGGUGAUGUACCAGUCUUUCAGAACAUGAAGUCUGCAUAUCCCAGUACGGGAGGACCAGGUGCUACAAGUCUGCUUGGACCAAUUCCUGGAGGUUUUCACCCCGCAGGUGGACCUUUUGGUGGUGGUUUUUCACAACCCCCCUUCCCAGAAGAGUUCCCAGCUCGGGGUGGCAUGAUGACAGAUUUUCCUCCCAACAUGCAUGGUGGUCCAGGUGAUGUUCCCAUGAGUGGACUCUCCAGCUCUGGCCACUAUGGACCAGACAGGAUGAUGGGAGGUCCAGAGAGCAUGCAGCAUUUAUCCAACAGCAGAUCGAUGCACAUGGGCUCAGACAGAUUUGGGAUGGGUCCACGAAGCGAGGACAUGGGCAGAGCUUACCUUGAUGAUCUGCCAAUGAACGGCAGCGAUAGAAUGAUGAGAGCUAAAGGCCCAGAGUCCAACAACACCCUCACAACACUUCUCAGAUAUCUGGAUGCAUUCCGCAUUGAGUGUGAAGAUGAUGCUCAGAUUGUGCUGAAGAUCACGCAGAAGCUCACGGAUGUCUUGAUGGAGUACCGUCUCAGGACUAUCUCCUCGGGAUCUAGAAUGAAUUCUUCCCACCUCCCACCAAGCUCUGACAGAUUCUCCGACAAUAUGUCAGGUCCUUCAAGAUUCUAUAACUGAACAGCCCAUGUGAUGCUGUCCUACAUACUUUCAUUUUCUUCAUGUGGCAACUGUUUUAAUGUAUAGUCCCCUUCUAAAGUAUUGGUACAGCAAGGUCAAAUCUUUUAUUAUUUUUUAGUUUAUUUUUUAUUAAUUUUAUUAUUUUAUUUUUUUUGCUAUAUAUUGAAGACAUUUGGGUUUGAGAUCAAAAGAUGAAUAUGAGAUGAUAGAUCAGAAUUCCAGCUUUAAUUUCCUGAUAUUUACAGCAGGAUGUGUCAAAUAACUUCAAAUAAUGUGGCACCUUUGGUGGCAGACCACCCAGUUGUCAGGUGAGCAAGUAGUCUUAAAGUAAAUAGCACUUAAUAUUUGGUUGUAUAUCCCUUGCUUGCAAUAACUGCAUCAAGCCAGCGACCCACUGACGGGCUUGAUGCUCUUCCAGACUUGUACCACAGCUUCUUUCAGUUGUUGUUGUUUGUUUUCUCUCUUCAGUCUCCAUUUCAGGAGGUGAAAUGCAUGGUCUAUUGGGUUAAGGUCUGGUGAUUGACUUGGACCGUGUAAAACUUUCCAAUUUUUUCACCGUUGAAGUCCUUUGUUGUGUUGGCAGUGUGAUUUGGAUCAUUGUCUAGCUGCAUGAUGAAGUUCCUCUCAAUUAGAUUAGAUGCAUUUCUCUGUAAAUUGGCAGACAGAAUGUUUCUGUAGACUUCUGAAUUCAUUUUGCUGAGUUAUAUUAUCAGUAGAGAUUAGUGAGUCCAUUCCAGCAGCAGCCAUGAAGCCCAAGCCAUGACACUACCUCCACUGUAUUUGACCGAUGAGCUUGCAUGUUUAUGUCAUGAGCAGAUCCUUUCCUUCUCCACACUCAGGCCUUUCCAUCACGUUGGUAGAGGUUCAUCUUGGUUCUAGAACUUUUGUGGCCCAUCUCUGUAUUUUUUUGCAAAUUCCAAUCUGGCCUUCUGAUUCUUACUGGUGAUGAGUGGUUUGCAUCUUGUGAUAUGGCCUCUAUAUUUCUGCUCUCAAAGUCUUUUUCAAAUGGUGGAUUGGGAUACCUUCACCCCUGCCCUGUGGAGGUUGUUGAUGAUGUCAGUGACUGAUGUUUUUGGGUUUUUCGUCACAGUUCUCACAGUGUUUCUUUCAUCAACUGCUGCUAUUCAAUAGUUGGCUGGUUGUUAGUAUACCAGUGGUUUCUUUCUUUUUCAGGACAUUCCAAAUGUUGUAUUGGCUAUGCCCAAUGCUUGUGCAAUGGCUCUGAUCCCUUCUUUUUUUUAGAUUUUUAGAUUCAGCUCUUUGGUCUUCAUGUAGGUUUAUCCUUUUUAACAAGAAAUGCAGUCUUCACAGGUGAAACGCAGGGCUUAACCCAAGAGUAGACUUUCAGCUAUUACUUGUUUAAACAAUCAAGCUAACAGAGCACACCGGGGCAACAAGAAACACCUGCCAGUCACAUGUUCCAAUAUUUUUGAUCACUUCAUAAACGGAUGGGAUCAAACAAAAGGUGCCUUGUUCUAAGUUGUUUAAAAUAUCUACAUGUAAAUAUCAAGAAAAGAAAGGUGAAAUUCUGAACUAUCGUCUCAUGUUCAUCGUUUGAUCUCAAACCCAGAUGACUUCAUUGUAAAGCAAAAAUAAAUCAAUUGGCCUUGCAGUUCAAAUACUUUCAGAGGGGACUUUACUUCUCAGUACAAAUCUUUUUGUAUUUUAUCUUUUAAUUUAAUGCCAAAUCCCUUAGACUUAAAUAAGGGUCUUGUGUUUGUAGUGUCUUCUGAUUUGCAGGACAUUCCCUUAAAAUACCUUACAUCAGGUUGCUACAGGAUUAUUCUGAAUUUAGUUAUAGAUUAAUAAACCUAAUGUUUAUAGGUUUGUUUAUAAGGACUUCUGCAAAUGUUUCCUAUUGUAAUGUCAAUAAAUAUGUAAAUAAUUGAGUA